CCGCCGCCGCCCGCGCCCGCGCCGUCCUCUCCGCUCCGCGUCCCGGUCACAGAUCACACAGAAACUCGGAAGACAAAGGUAAAUCCCACCACGCCAUGUCCUACAGACGAGAGCUAGAAAAAUACCGUGACCUGGACGAAGACGAAAUCCUUGGAGCACUCACAGAGGAAGAGCUCAGGACGCUGGAAAAUGAGCUGGACGAGCUGGACCCUGAUAAUGCUCUGCUGCCUGCAGGCCUGAGGCAAAAGGAUCAGACCACCAAGGCGCCCACGGGCCCCUUUAGAAGAGAGGAGCUCUUGGAUCACUUGGAAAAGCAAGCAAAGGAGUUUAAGGAUCGAGAAGACCUGGUCCCCUACACGGGGGAGAAACGAGGAAAGAUCUGGGUCCCCAAGCAGAAGCCAGUGGAUCCCGUGCUGGAAAGCGUGACGCUAGAGCCCGAGCUGGAGGAGGCCUUGGCCAACGCCUCGGAUGCCGAACUCUGUGACAUUGCAGCUAUCCUGGGCAUGCACACGCUUAUGAGCAACCAACAGUACUACCAAGCCCUGGGCAGCAGCUCCAUUGUGAACAAGGAGGGACUCAACAGUGUGAUUAAACCUACACAGUACAAGCCCGUGCCUGACGAAGAACCGAACUCGACAGACGUCGAGGAAACACUGGAGCGGAUAAAGAACAACGACCCGGAACUUGAAGAGGUCAACCUCAAUAACAUCCGGAAUAUCCCUAUACCUACCCUGAAGGCAUACGCGGAAGCCCUGAAAGAAAACUCCUAUGUGAAGAAGUUCAGCAUCGUGGGGACCCGGAGCAAUGACCCUGUGGCUUUCGCCCUCGCUGAGAUGCUGAAGGUGAACAAGGUCUUGAAGACGCUGAAUGUGGAAUCCAACUUCAUCUCCGGAGCUGGGAUCUUGCGCCUGGUGGAAGCCCUUCCACACAACACUUCUCUGGUGGAGCUGAAAAUCGAUAACCAGAGCCAGCCCCUGGGCAACAAAGUAGAAAUGGAGAUUGUGAGCAUGUUGGAAAAAAACGCAACGCUUCUCAAGUUUGGAUACCACUUCACCCAGCAGGGGCCCCGGCUGCGGGCAUCCAACGCCAUGAUGAACAACAACGACCUUGUGAGGAAGAGGAGGCUCGCAGACUUGACGGGGCCCAUCAUUCCCAAGUGCCGCAGUGGUGUCUAGGGUGUGGAGGUGAAGACCACGCUGCUGAACUGGACGUGUUCUACUGACAAUCCGCACCUUGCAGUGCAGACCAGGAGGCAAAUGCUGGCACAAAACUCUUUUGUGGUUCAGUUCUUCAUGCACUAAGGGUCUAGGUGAACUAGUGGUUGUAGUUGAAAAUUUUAUAAAUUGUGGUUAAUGUGAAGUUUUUCUUUAGUCACAGAAGUUCAGUCUGGUUAUUAUUUAAAAACUAAGAAGCCCUCAAAUUGGCAGAUCUUCCUGUAGAUGAUUUGACAGUGGCAGUGACUUAACCCCAAGGAGCCCAGAUUGGUGGCCCUGCUGUGUGGUAUUUCAGGUUCAUUUACAAUGUGGAACCCAUAAACUAAAAAUGCACUCUUCUACCUGGUUUGCAAGUAUUAAAUACUUUAUUACAAAUUUCAUCUUAGCUAUUUAGCAAAAGGAACAAAUAAACACUCUUUAUUAAUCCUCCUUUAAAUUUUAAAAACUUCAAGAUUAUAAGUUGCCAAAUUGAUUACUGGAUCAGAGCCACAAUUUUCCCCUUAAGAAUACAAACCGAAGCCACAGAGCUCUGCCAGGAAUCAAAAAACACCAAAUUCCUUUUGCUGGAUAUGAAGUUAAAAAAAAAAAAAAAAAAGCAAUGGUGAAAUUUGAAGUUUCAAAAACCCUCCUGGGCAACAAACAUAUUCCUGAGUUACUUACGAACAUUUGAGAUGUAUGUACAAUUGAAUACUGGAGCAGAAAGAAGUUUUUCCUCAUUGAAUGCCAACCUUAUGACAGAUGUGAGAACUUCUGGCUAAAUACUUGAAAACACCUUUCUAUACAGCAUAGUGGGCAAAUGGCUCAUGAAAGGCCAAACACUAGAGGGGUGAAUUUCCAGUCCACUGUGGAUAUGAUGCUUAUUAUUAUGGCCAACCUUACAGACUUAAACUACCUAUCUCAUCAUUUAUUAGACAAAUCAUUGAAGAUCUCAUGCAUAUAAAUGAAGCCUCUGAAGGACAACAGUGCAGAAAACUUAAGAUAUUAAAGAACUGGGAAAUCCUGGCCAAGCUAUGAAAAGAUGAUUAUUCUUAAAACAUAAUCUUGGUAUUUCUACUGGACCUUUGCCCCUCUUUUUUAACAACAUGGCAUCUUUUGGGAGUUGGCAAAAAGGUUAAGCCACAUUGCCCUUGUGCCUUUUAAUAUACCACAGUGCCAGUUAACUUACAUUUUUGUUUGUUGCUUUGGGGAGUUAUUUUUAUUAGGGAUUCAGCAAAUCUUGUGAUAAAGGACAAGGCCAAAGAGCUAAUGAACACAGACUAGGAGGCUUCUGAUGAAGAAGGAAAAAUCUUGUGCACUGAACUGUAGAGAUGUGGACAGUACAGGGUAACUAGAGGUGGAGCCAGGGCCUCACCACUAUGAAGAGUGUCUACUGCGGCUGCAAAUGGGCCCAGGAGCGGCACCAUGCUGCAGGGAUGGCCAUCCCCACUCGGCUUCUCCUUGAAACACAACUGCAGCUGCAUUCUGCAUCACUGGAAACUGCAACAUAAUAUUAAAUCUGUUGGUCAACUUG